AUGAGCGUGGGUAGUGAAAAAUGUGUGGUCACAGCACAAACCAACCAAAAAAAUGCCGCUUCAAAGGAGGCCAGAGAAACACAAGCUGGCAAGAGCAACCGCUCCGUCGUUUCGAUAUACACGAUGGAUAGGCUAUUUUCGAUCGAAGCUGAAAGGCAGUAUAAUACGAGCCUCGGAUUUGCAGAGUGUUGGCGCAAAAAAGGAUACCCUGGGUUUCAUAAAGUGGAUAGCAACUACCAAUCAAUUACCACCAUUACCCGUGUAAAUCUGGCCGUGCAGUGCACCAAUUUCCUCCAUGUUAAAGAGAGACAAAAAAGGAACCAUAACUGCAAGCUUGGCAGUACAGUCAGACGCCUGUCUGCUCCAUCUCUAUUCACAUGUUUGUCCGUUAGGGGUUUAGUGUAA